UGUGUAUGUGUGCAUGGAGGGGGCGUUGGUGUGUGUUUUGUUUAGGUUCCCUGUCACAGACAAGAUAAAUCACUUUUGGGACACAAAAUGAGCAAUUUAAUGGCUCCUGCGGAUGUUAAAGGUGGAAUUUCUGUGUAAAAUAGGUGCUCCAUGUAUCUCGGCGACAAAGUGCGCAGUUAGUUUUUCCAGGGAAUCCAUCUACUGGCCAAUUGAGGCCAUUUUCCGGGAGUUAACCUGUAAAACAUCGCCCGUGUUCGCCUUUUGAGGGUUUUUGGGGCACCUCUCGUGCUCUUGGGGCCCAAAAGUUUGUCUAGUGUGUUUUGGUAGUGCUAGGGGAAAGGGAGACAAUAGAAAAUUACGGGAAAAGUUGCUGUGCAAAGGGUCAUUUUGACGUGAUUUCCAGCGACUGGAAGUGGUUUCCCGCUCAUUUUCACCAUGGAUUCUAUCAUAGUCCUGGACUCGUCGGAUGACGAGGUGGAUGUGAAACCUCCUGAGCCGAAAAAGCAGAAAUUGACUGCGACAAUCCUUCCAACUCCCGUCAAACCCAUCUGUUCAGUCUCCCCGAAGAUUGUCACACAGUCCCUGGUCCCUAGUCCAGAUACUGGACCCAAAAUCAAAGAAAUCCGACGAGUGACACCAAUAAAGAUUGGGGAGAGGACACCGGUGAAGGAGAAAAUUCGGCAUUUUGGAGAUGAUGAGGAAUUCAGUCCAAUUUCCUCGCCCAUUUCCAAGGAUGACCUGCCAAGGAGUGAACAAUCUUCCAGCACAGCACCGGCGGAGGAAGAACAGCCGGCUGAAGAGGAGGAAAGUGGCGAGGAAAUGCCCAUAAAUGCAACAUAUCAGGAGCUUAUUGAUGUCUGCCGGGAAUCAGAAGAUACUCCAGACAUGGAGAUGCUGAUUGAGAAAAAACUCAUCCGCUACUACCGCGAUGUCCAUCCUGACUUUGUCAAUUCCAAAUGCUUCUGCAAGACUGUUCGGGGAGUGAUUAAUGAUAUUCGUGCGAAUCCUGGUUUGGUCUACCUGAAGCUGUCCAGUAUUCUGGAGGAGCUGAGCACGCGACGCAAGAGCCGGGAUAUCGUGAUGGUCAAUGAGGAGGCCACGACCACGGGCAGCGAGAGGAGACAUGCUCAGAUCAAGCGACUGAGCAAGGCUCUGUACUACAUGAAGAAGCGCAUUGCAGCUCUCGAGGAGACUGAAGUGGACUUCAAUGAUGACCACCAUUCGGUGCACAUCCAAGCGGAAUUGUACAAGAAAAGAGCAUGUCAGAUUUAUGAGAAAAUCUGCGAUUUAACUGGGGAGAGCAAAACUGCCCAGAGAGCUGUCCGGAAGCCAAUCCGUUUCCAAGAGACCGACUAUCCGGAAUUCAAUCGAGCGUUGCAGAUGUUAGUCAACCGCACAAAUGUCUUCCCGGACUCGAUGGAUGUCUACAAGUGUCUCGAUCACUGCAACAAACAAUUUGGCUUUGGCCUCAAGAAGGACGAAGUGAAGAAGAUUGCUCAAGAUGCUUUUGGGAAGAUUGGGAAACUGCUGCAGUGCCGACGGAAGGCAGAUCUCUAUGAGACUGUGAUGCAUUUCACGGGAACUGGCAAAGAUCCUGCCCUCGAGGAUAAAGAACUCGAGGCAAAGUUGCAGGAGAACAAGAAGCACUACUCCAAAAUAAAUGAACUCAUCGACAGUUUUGCAAAGAGGCAGGAGUCUGAGGCGAAGGUGAAGUUGGGUGAUCCGGAAGGUGCUUCCGGAACUACAAGUCCGGGCAGUUCGCGGCAGGAGCAGCAAGUUGAGGCAAAAGACACGAGUUUAGGCGAAUCGUCAUCGAGUACAGGGAAUUCGGAUGAUGGGCACAAGGAUCCGCCUGGAAAGGUUGACGAAGAGGAGGCUGUUCCUGAAGACUCGGAUGAGUGCAUAAUCGUCCUAGAUCCGUCUGAUAGUAAUCCAAAGAAAGAGUAAAAAGGGGGAGGGGGAAGGUGGGAAGAUUCUUGGGACAAUUCUUUUGGCUCUAAAUGAAGUCCAUUGUGUACUUCCGGUCGCCGAUGAAAGCUGCAAAGUGCGUGAAGGCGCAUGGGAGGAUCUCAAUCAUUGUACGAUCGAAUGGAGCUAAUUUGUGUGAAUUUUCUGUAAGAUAGUAAUGGAUAAAAAGAUAAAUAUUUUAUGGAAAA